AUGGAAUUAUUUGUAUUAGUACGGAUAGUUAUAUUCAUUACUUUUUUCUAUAUAUUACUAAAUAUUUUACAUGACAAUCUUUUUAUGAUAAAAUUAGUGAAUAACUAUUCUUAUUCUUAUUUGUGGAAUAUUGUUAAAUUAAAAAAUAGAAAAAUUCUGAGCGAAUUAUCAGACGUACAAUUAGAGGACAAUGAUAUAGAAGAUUUUAUUGUUAAUAAUAAUGUAUUAUAUUCGAAUGAUUUUUUAAAUAUAAUUGAUCCUAUACUUUUUGAAAAUUACGACAAUAUAAAUUUGGAUGAAUAUAUUCAAAAUUUUGAUAAUAUAAAGAAAGAAAGUUCUUCAGUUAGAAAUUUUUCAAUAGAUAAAUGCGAUUUAUGUAAUAAUCAUGGUGAAAAGAAAUUAGGAAAUAUAUUAGAAGUAUCUCAUGAUAAUGUAUCGAAUGAAUUGCCGAGAAUGAUAUCUGAAAAAAGUGCUGAUGGUAUAUUGGAUCAACUGUUUGAUGAACAAUCCCUAAAGACAUCAAAUACCUUAAGUAGUGAUAUAAUGGGAGAAGUAAAUGAUAAAUUUUUUGAAGAAAUAAUUGUACAAAUUAAUGAAAAAUUAUCUGAAGCAUCUUGUGAUGAAGCAUUAGAAAAUAUGUACAUACAACUUUGUAAUAUAAUGCAAUCGAAAGGAUUGGAAGAGAAAUUAAAAACGGAUAAAGAAAAAAACAUUAAAGGUAAUUUAAAAAGAUAUUAUUCAUCAAGAAUGGUACAAGAAACUGAUAAGACAGGAAAUGAAAAAUGUAUUUCCACUGCAAAUAUGGAAUAUAUAUUAAAAUUAACAUUAGAAAAGAAUAAAGCACAAGAGGCAGAUGUAAGUGUAUCGAAUGAGGUAGAAAAAAUGACGACAAGAAAUGUGGAAGAGGAUACGAGAGAAGUUAUAAAAGUAGUUAAGGAAGACCCUGGAAACGAACAUUCAAAAUAUGAAGAAGGAAAAUGCAAUAUGAAUCUAAUAAAAGAAUUAGAGGAUCAAAUUUUACAAACGGUUCAUAAAGAUGAAAAAGAUGAAAUAUUAAGGAAGGAAUCAAAAAUGGGAAUACAGAACAAUACAAUUGAUAUAUAUAAUAAAAUAGGUGCGGAUUAUGCAAAAGGAAGAGUCCAUUUAAAUUCCCACAUAUCUAAAAUGACCUUUAAGAAUAAUUCAGGAAAAUCAAAAGAAAAGAAAAUCGAAGAUACCAAAAGAAAGGAAUUAGAACAAAAAAUGGGAUUUGAAGCUAAUAAGAAAAACAAAGAAAGAAAAAGAUAUAGGAGGAUUAAUGAUUUAGGAGAAAAUGUAAGUAAUGAUUAUCUUUAUUUUAGUAACGAUUAUUCCUAUUUAAAGAGAGAAAACAUUUUAUAUAAUGUGAAUACUCAUAAUUAUAAAACGAGAUUGAAAACAAAGAAACAACGAAUUUCUGAAGAAAGAGAGAAAUUUAAUAUUAUGAGACCGUCAGAUUGCAAUACACUUUUUUUGAGUACAAGAAAAAGGGAAAGACCAAAUAUAAUAUUUAAAGAAAAUGACAAAUAUGAUAAAACGGCUAUAUCAUUUGUUCAAAUGAAUAAUUCUAUGAUUCCUUUUGUAUGUAGUCAUCGUAGUAAAGAAAUAUUAUAUACAGGAAAUAAUGGAAGGAACCAUUUUGAAAUGGCAUCAUUUGAUAAUUUAUAUAAUGAUAUUAGGAAAGAAGAAAAUGAUGAAUCAAUAGAUGAAUCAAUUUUCUUAUUAAACGAAGUAAUAAACGAUGAAAUGAACGGUGAAACAAAUAAUGGAAGGAACCAUUUUGAAACAACAUCAUUUGAUGAUUUAUAUAAUUAUAUUAGGAAAGAAGAAAAUGAUGAAUCAAUAGGUGAAUCAAGUUUUGUAUCAAACGAUGAAAGAAAUAAUGAAACGAACCAUUUUGAAAUGACAUCAUUUGAUAAUAUAUAUGAUAUUGGGAAUGAAGAAAAUGUUGAAUCAAUGGGUAAAUCAAUUUUCGAUUUCAACGAUGAAAUAAACGAUGGAGGAAAUAAUGAAAGGAACAAUUUUGAAACGUCGUUUUUUGAUAAUAUAUAUAAUGAUAUUGGGAAUGAAGAAAAUGUUGAAUCAUUGGGUGAAUCAAUUUUCGAUUUAAACGAUGAAAUAAACGAUGGAGGAAAUAAUGAAAGGAACAAUUUUGGAACGUCGUUUUUUGAUAAUAUAUAUAAUGAUAUUGGGAAUGAAGAAAUUAUUGAAUCAGUAGGUGAAUCAAUUUUUGUAUUAAACGAUAAAAUAAGCGAUGAAGCAAAUAAUGAAAUGAACUAUUUUGAAGGGACAGCAUUUGAUAAUAUAUAUGAUAUUGAGAAUGAAGAAAUUAUUGAAUCAGUAGAUGAAUCAAUUUUCGAUUUAAACGAUCAAAUAAAUGAUGAAAUAAAUGAUAAAAGAAAUAAUGAAGAGAAUAAUGACGAAAGUAAUGAAGUGAAUAAUGAAGAGAGUAAUGAAGUGAAUAAUGAAGAAAAUAAUGAUGUGUAUAAUGAAGAAAAUAAUGAAAUAAACAAGGAAGAAAAUAAUGAAGUGAAUAAUGAAGAAAUGAAUGAAGUGAAUAAUGAAGUGAAUAAUGAAGAAAUGAAUGAAGUGAAUAAUGAAGAAAAUAAUGAAGAAAAUAAUGAAGAAAAUAAUGAAGAAAAUAAUGAAGAAAUGAAUGAAGUGAAUAAUGAAGAAAAUAAUGAAGUGAAUAAUGAAGAAAAUAAUGAAGUGAAUAAUGAAACAAACAAGGAAGAAAAUAAUAAAGGAAAUGACGAAAUAAAUAAUGAAGGAAAUAAUGAAGAAAAUAAUGAAACAAACAAGGAAGAAAAUAAUAAAGGAAAUGAUGAAACAAACAAGGAAGAAAAUAAUAAAGGAAAUGAUGAAAUAAAUAAUGAAGGAAAUAAUAAAGGAAAUGAUGACAUGAAUAAUGACAUGAAUAAAGAAGAGAAUAAUGAAGGAAAUAAUGAAAUAAACAAGGAAGAAAAUAAUAAAAUAAAUGAUGACAUGAAUAAGGAAGAGAAUAAUGAAGGAAAUAAUGAAAUAAACAAGAAAGAAAAUAAUAAAAUAAAUGAUGACAUGAAUAAAGAAGAGAAUAAUGAAGGAAAUAAUGAAAUAAACAAGGAAGAAAAUAAUGAAGAAAAUAAUGAAGAAAAUAAUGAAACAAACAAGGAAGAAAAUAAUAAAGGAAAUGAUGAAAUAAAUAAUGAAGAGAAUAAUGAAGAGGAUAAUGAAGAAUAUGAUUAUUAUGAUAGUGAUGAUGAUUAUGAAGAAUCCCUUUCAUCAUCUGAUGAGUGGUUUAAUGAUGAAUCUAGUGAGGAAGAAAGUGAUGAAGAAAUGCAUGAUUAUAAGGUGUCAUCUUUUGAAUUAACUAAUUUGUUGAAUAGAAAAUAA